UCAGAAAAUCGUUGAUUAUUUUUUUACAACAAACAGAAUUUUAAAUGCACAAAUAAGGCGUAUUAAAAUUAUUAGACUUUUUCCUAUAUCGGCUAGUCGCUCUCGCCAAGUGAAAAGGAAAAAUUAAAAUGGCGAAUUUUCUUCCUUCUAUUACAACGAUUUGACAUUUGCUAUACGAACAAUCAAAUAGAUUUUUUAUAGAUGGCGCUAGUGAAAAUUAAAUCGAAUUGUAGAAGAACGUGAAGAAACGAAAGGUGAACUGGUGAACAUGCUUACGGUAGCCAUUUUAUUACGUAUUGCGUAUUCGUUCAUUGAGUUGAAUUUUGUGAAACGCAACGCAACAAUCGUACGUUAUAAUUGACGCAACAUAAGUUCAAAUUGUGUUUACAUAUUGAUUGUCUUAAAUUUACAUUUAGAUUAAUAAUAUAAAAUGACUGCAAAUCAUCGUGUACUUGAUGAAGCAGAUAUUAUACUAAUCAACAAAGUGAGAACCACUCCCGCAUUGUAUGACCCGCGACACAUUGAUUUUCGUUUAGCCGAUCGUAAAGAAGAAGAAUGGAUCUCUAUAGCAACGUUUCUGGGCAUAUCGUCAAAUGUAGCACGGCGACGCUGGACUUGCUUGAGAGAUCGAUAUACGCGUGAACUGAAGCAGCUACGUUUACAUCCAGAAAAUGGAGAAUUUGGGCAUAAUGACUUCUUCAAAUCAAUGGAUUUCUUGCGUAAAUUUGUAAAAAAGCGAAAGGAGCGUCGUAGCAAUAUUCACAGACAAGGAUAUCUGCGUAACAGUGCAGACAAUAUAAACGCAAAUAUAAAAUUGGAUAUUACCACUGAUAUAGAUUACGAAGAUGAAACGGAUACCUAUAUGGAUGAACAGCAAAACUUCAAUUAUAAACUUGAAGUAACUUCCAAUGAAACUGGGGAUUUUCGGGGAUAUGACGAAGACAUUAACGAUACAUAUGAUGAAGAAUAUAUUGAUCAUACAGCUGAAAUUUCUAAUUUAAGCAGUCCAGCAAAAUCAAAAACAUUUGUUACGAAUCCCUUGCAAAUAAAACAAGAUGAUGUUUUCUUGCCAAAAGUCAAUUUAUCUAAGGCUAAACAUCAACCACAGCAGCAACAUCAGGAUAUUGGUAAUCAAAAUGAUAGUUUCACAGAAGUCCCCAAUGAAACCGAAGAUGAUUUCUUUUGUAAAUCUGUUUCAAAAUAUCUACAACAACUAUCAAGGCGACAUAAAAUCAAAGCAAAAGUAGAAAUAUUUCAAGUAUUAGAAAAGUAUAUUGAAUUAGAGGAAGUUGCAACGCAAGUUAUGCAAUGUUGAUAUCAAGCAAAAACCAAUUUGUUGUUUAUUUCUUUAUCCACAUUUAUAAUGAGAUAUAUUUAAUAAUGUUUUUAAAAAAUUUUAUAUUCAUUGCUACAUUAUUGUUGCGAUUUUAGAAAAAGAUUUUUGCUAUUGAAAUCUCUCUGUAUAAAACAAUUAAAUACAAUAUGAAAAGAUUCAUCCAAAUGCAGACAUCUGUUGCUAAUUGAUCAUCUUAAAUAAGAAAAAUCUAGCAUGCUCGCUGAUAUACCGCGAAAGAUAUUAAUAUUAUAGUGGGAUUGCUAACACCGCCAUUGUCGGUUGGAAAACUAUAUGUGCAAAAGCCUUUCUACAAAAUAUAUUUUAUAGUUAAAGACGACAAUAGUAUUUAUGUAUUUUAUAUAGUUUUAAUAA